CCAUUUGUUUCGAAGAAAAAGGCAAUCCUCCGCCUCUCCUCUUUCCCUUAUUAUUCAACCAGAUAACCAUCCAUCAAAUUCAUUGUCCAAUAUCAAAGGGAAACCCUAAGAAUUACCAAAUCUGAAGGCUGCAUGAGUAUUCACCGACAAGUAUCAAUCGAGUGCUUCAUCAAAGUAGUGAAGCAGCAAUGGUGGUCGUUAAUGCUCAGCCUUGGUCUGCCUUCCUUACACUCCGUCAAGCUCCUAUUACCACAUCGUCUUCCUUUAAAAUACGCCCUUGCUUCUCUUCUCGUCGACGGCUAACUCCUACCUUUACCACUCUAAGGGUUGGAAGUCUUAACCCUAGAUGUUCCAUAAAUACUGACAUUGCGACUGAUCAAGAGGUUCGGGAUGAUGUUGCAACUGACGAUUGUGGCUGUUCAGUACCUGUUCUUCAUCUCAAAUCUGAUAUUCUGGAAACUGAAGCACUAAAUCUGCUAGCCAAGGGCACAUUUGUGGACACUCUCUUGACAACAUUGCCUGUCUUAUCAGAGGAGGAGCAGAAUAUUAUUGCUGCAACUCCUGCUCAUCCAGCAGGGUUAUAUGCUUUGUAUGCUAGUUGCCUGGCUGGGAAUAUGGUGGAACAACUUUGGAAUUUUGCCUCGCCUGCUGCCAUUGCGUUGAUUCAUCCUAGUCUUCUUCCUGUAGCACUGAUGGGUUUCGUUGCUAAGCUUGCUGUAAUUGGUGGAGGGCCUCUGGUUGGCAAACUUAUGGAUCAUUUUCCUAGGGUUCCUGCAUAUAAUUGUCUAUCUAUAGUCCAGACAGCUGCCCAGUUGGUGUCUGUUGGAAUGAUUAUACAUGGUCAUACUCUUCAUCCAACCUCUGCAUCAUCUUUACUUUUCCGUCCUUGGUUUAUUGUGCUUGUUCUUGUGGGAGCUGUUGAGAGGCUAUCUGGGUUGGCAUUGGGGGUUGCAGUGGAGCGUGAUUGGGUUGUUUUGUUAGCUGGAACCAAUCGCCCAGUUGCUCUUGCUCAAGCAAAUGCCGUUCUAAGCCGUAUUGACCUCUUAUGCGAGAUUGUUGGAGCAGCAUUAUUUGGCAUUCUUCUAUCUAAAUAUGAACCAGUGGUAUGCUUAAAAAUUGCUGCUGGUUUGAUGAUGGGUGCACUUCCUAUCGUGGUAUCUCUGACAUGGCUAACCAACAAGCUUUCCGCUGGGGUUCUUGACCGUGCUGUGGAAACUUGUUUCAGUUUUUCCUCCCGGUCUUCACUAAAAUCAGAAAAUAUAGUGGGAGUGGGUCUGGAAGCUAUAAAGCAUGGAUGGUUUGAAUAUGUUAGACAACCUGUUCUUCCAGCAAGCAUAGCCUAUGUGCUUUUAUACUUCAAUGUUGUUCUUGCACCUGGUGGUUUAAUGACAGCAUUCUUAACGCAGCAAGGUUUAAAUCCAUCUAUUAUUGGGGGCUUCAGCGGAUUAUGUGCUUUUAUAGGUGUUGCAGCGACAUUUGUGUCUACAAAGAUGGUCAAGCACCUUGGCAUCUUAAGGGCUGGAGCGGCUGGCCUAUUAUUCCAGGCUUCGCUUCUGACUACGGCUGUUGCAGUUUAUUGGAGUGGAUCUCUUUCUCAGCAGACUCCUGUUUAUUUUUUCUUGGCUUUAGUUGUAUUGUCAAGGCUGGGACACAUGUCCUAUGAUGUCAUCGGGCAACAGAUUCUACAAACUGGAAUUCCUGCAUCUAAGGCCAAUCUUAUCGGAACAACGGAGGUUUCUGUUGCAAGUCUAGCAGAAUCAAUAAUGUUAGGAGUUGCGAUAAUUGUAAAUGAUGUCUCACAUUUUGGAUUUCUAGCGACACUUUCCCUUGUAUCAGUAGUUGGGGCAGCAGGUCUAUACUGUAGAUGGUUGGAAAAUCCGACAGAUACUCAAAGGACUCUUUUCUCUUUUAGCCCUGAUUUAUGAAAUGCCAAAAGUAUAUAAGUAGUUGUAUGUUAUUCUGUAGCAUGGUAUUAGUCAUCACAUUGAAAGUUGUACUUCGCAAUUGAAAUACAUCCAGUAUGCCUUUGUAAAUUAGUUAUUGUUUCCACUAACAUCAAUGCAGAUUUUAUAGAAAAGUUGAGUACUCA